CGGAAGCAUUAUAACUCGCUAUUUGUGUGCUUUUCGACCACGUGGUCAGUCGUGAACGUGUACGCAUGCAGUAGAUACGACGGUGUAGGCGGAUAUUGUCGUUAUUCGACGUUUUCUGGUGACUGUUUUCAUCAAGAAAAGCUUAACUACAGCGCACGAGACCAGUGGAGGAGGAGAAAGUGGGCGUCGACGAGGAGAAAAUGGGCGGGGCUUGUGAGGCUCUCAGCUAAAAAAGCUUCCUCCUUUCAGCUGGGCGGUAAAUGAGCUGCAUUACAGCGACAGAUCGUUUAUUUCUGCACUCACAAAGCUGACCAGGCAGCUACAGUCUGAUGAAAUCAACACGUUUGGUCUGCAGGUGGAUUUUAGAUGCGAAGGCGGCACACCGGAGCACACACGGCUCACACUCGCACGCGCGCCACCGAACCGCAUUCGGCUCUUUUCGGCUCAACUCGACUCCGCUGUCGGAAUGAGCUCCAGUCCGCUUUCUAACGGCAAACAGAUGUCAGACAACCAGAGCUGGAACUCGUCCGGCUCUGAGGAGGACCUGGACACGGAUCCUGGACCUCACGGCGGCGGGGUGGCUGAAUUCAGCGGCGUCCUCAGCAAGUGGACAAACUACAUCCACGGCUGGCAGGAUCGCUGGGUCGUGCUGAAGAACAACACUCUGAGUUAUUACAAGUCUCAGGACGAGAGGGAGUACGGCUGCAGGGGCUCGCUCUGCCUCAGCAAAGCCGUCAUCACGCCCCACGAGUUUGACGAGUGUAGGUUGGAUAUCAGUGUUAACGACAGCGUGUGGUACCUGAGAGCUCAGGACCCGGACCACCGUCACCAGUGGAUCGACUCCAUCGAGCAGCACAGGGUCGAGUCUGGUUACGGCUCUGAGUCCAGUUUGAGGAGACAUGGCUCCAUGCUUUCUCUCACCUCAGCUACCAGCAGCUACUCUGCCACUUCAACGUCCUCUUUUAAGAAGGGCCACAGUCUGCGAGAGAAACUAGCCGAGAUGGAGACGUUCAGAGACAUCCUGUGCAGGCAGGUGGACACACUGCAGAAAUAUUUUGACGCCUGCUCAGACGCCGUGUCCAAAGACGAGCUGCAGAGGGAUAAGAUUGUGGAGGAUGAUGAAGACGACUUUCCUACUACUCGCACUGAUGGCGAAUUCCUGCACAACCACAACGGCAGCAGAGAGAAGCUGUUCCAGUCUCUGAGUACUAAAGGCCUGAACGGGAUCGAUUUUAAAGGCGAGGCCAUCACGUUUAAAGCCACUACGGCGGGAAUCCUGGCCACGCUCUCGCACUGCAUCGACCUGAUGGUGAAGAGAGAGGACAGCUGGCAGAGGAGACUGGAUAAGGAGACGGAGAGGAGGAGGAGAGUGGAGGAGGCCUAUAAAACAGCAUUGUCUGAGCUGAAGAAGAAAUCUCAUUUCGGAGGCCCGGAUUACGAGGAGGGCCCGAACAGUCUCAUAAACGAGGAUGAGUUCUUUGACGCCGUUGAAGCCGCUCUGGACAGACAAGACAAAAUAGAGGAACAGACACAGACGGAAAAAUCCCGGGUACAGAGACCGAGCCCGAUGCCAUCCGGAGACAUCUAUUCCACCAUGGGCACUCACCGAUUCGCCGAGAAGCCCCCCACUCCGCCCACCUCCCCUCUAUCCUGCGACGUAGUGCUCAGUCCCACUCGUCAUCACGAGCACAUGUUCAGUGCUGAGGUGGAGGAGAUGGUACAGAGUCACAUGAUCUACUCCCUACAGGAUGUGGGCGGAGAUGCAAACUGGCAGCUGGUGGUGGAAGAGGGAGAGAUGAAGGUGUACAGGAGAGAGGUUGAAGAGAACGGCAUCGUGUUAGACCCUCUGAAAGCCACACACGCAGUGAAAGGUGUUACAGGUCACGAGGUGUGCCAUUACUUCUGGGACACGGAGGUCCGCAAUGACUGGGAAACUACCGUUGAAAACUUCAACAUCGUGGAGUCAUUGUCUGAUAACGCCAUAAUCAUCUACCAGACCCACAAGAGGGUGUGGCCUGCGUCACAGAGAGACGUGCUGUAUUUAUCAGCCAUCCGCAAAAUCAUGGCCAGUAACGAGAACGACCCGGACACCUGGAUCGUGUGUAACUUCUCAGUGGACCACGAAAACGCCCAGCCGAGCAGCCGUUGCGUUCGUGCCAGAAUUAACAUCGCCAUGAUCUGUCAGACUCUGGUGAGUCCACCAGAGGGCAACAAAGAGAUCAGCAGAGACAACAUUCUGUGUAAAAUCACAUAUGUGGCCAACGUAAACCCUGGAGGCUGGGCUCCUGCGUCUGUCCUGAGAGCUGUAGCCAAGCGGGAAUACCCCAAAUUCCUGAAGCGUUUCACCUCCUACGUUCAGGAGAAAACUGCCGGCAAGCCCAUCCUCUUCUGAGAGCUCAGAUCCUGUGUACAGCGCCCCCUCUCUACACUCCCAGCUACAGCAGCCCCGAGGAGCUUCCUCUCACUGCAGGCCGUCUUCCUCUUCCUGCUCCUCCUCCUCUUCCUGAAUGUUCAGGCCCUCUGCUGCCCCCAGAUAAAUCAACCCAAAUUACCCAGGAUCCCCUGCAGCGGCCCUCAGUGUAGACACGCGUCAGCUUCAUGCGGUCCCGAGGCUUUAACCCCCGCAGCUCUGAGAGGAAACGUUGCCAAAUCUCAGCGUCGGUUCUGUAUUUUCAGCAGAGAUCUAUAUUAAUAUUGAGAUACAUGUAUCUACUGAAGUAUGUGAGAUUUACAGAACAGGUUUAUUUAAUGAGCCAAAACACAGAAGGACAGCUCGCUUUUAGUUUUCAUCUUUUUUUUUUCUUUCUUUUUGGACUGCACUUCAUUGACUGAUCCCAGAACUCACUGCUCGUCGCUUUCCGUGCUGCUAAUUUAAAAUAAGGAGGUAAAAAAAAUGCUCGGGUCAGACAUUAAAACCAUCCUGAAGGUUUGUAACCGAACACAGAGAGGGCUGUCAUUGACCUAUGACCUACAACAUGACCCAGCUUUUGCCUUUUUUUUUUUUUUUCCCCCUCUCCAUCUCUUCGAUGAAGCCCGGAUGCUGGUGCUGAAGAGGAGAUUCUUUUUCCUUCCUGAUGUUUUGUCGUUUAAUUUUCCGAGAAAUCCGAGAUCUGUUUUUUUUAGUUGUACUUGUGUAUGUCAGAGACACGCUGGCGCACUGUAGCACAAUUAAGCAUCCGUAGUGAUAGACGACAGCGGGAUCUUUUUAAUACGGAAAAAACGAAACGCUUUACAUCUCGAUUUACUUGUGUAUAUAAUUCCUAAUUAUAGCUUCAAGUGCGUGGGAUUGCUGUCAGCCAAUGCUUUUUAUGUGAUUCAUCCAACUUCACAUGCCUUAGAGUGUGUGUGUGUCUGUGUGUGUGUGUGUGUGGGGGAUGAUCCGAGGCGUCGGACGAGCGUAUAAAUCAUUAGUGAAGUGCCUCAGUCUAAUCACAUGACCUGAGUGAUGCGAGGUUCCUCCUUCUCUAAAAGCCCUAAAGAGGGGAGUUUAAAAAAAAAAAAAAAAAAAAAGUCAAGCGUCUUUUAGCGAUUACAUCAUAACCGUUAUUUGAGUUUUCUUUUUUUCAUUUCUGAUUGGCUAUCGAUCAAAACACCGGACACCGGAUCAUUCAUCACCUUUUUAGUCGAGUCGAGUUUUUCGUAGUCGAAAUCAAGCUAAAAAAUUCCUACAACGAAUGUGAGAGAGCGGCGAGAGAAGACGAAUCUUCCAAUAAAAGCAGCUCAAGCCACUGCAGCGCAUCAGAGACGGAUCAGAUUCGUACAGGGUGCCAUUACUUUUGCUCCUACUCGAACGGGAUGUCGUAACUUUUUUGUUUCGAAAUCUCGGCCUUUCACGUCACAGCAAUUCUACGACUUGCGAGCGUUCAAUCGUUUCGUAUUAGCGAGUCGCCUUGCAUGAAUUUUUACAUAAACGUGGAAGAAGCAAAGUUUUUCCUGUGUAAAUGCUGCUGCUAACAGAUUUUACUGAUCAAUUCUAUCAGAUACAGCGCGAUAAACAAGUGGUUUUUUUUUUUUUUUUUUCCUCAAACACUGGCCGUCUUUAGUAGCUCGACUCAACACACCGUUCCCUUCAUCUGUUUCUUUAAAAAAACAAAGAUAUCGAACAUUCAAAUCGAUAUCGACGUCGUAUCCAAUCAUUAAACGAUUUUAUCUGCAUUAAAUCAACGGCUGUGAUGCCGUGACAGGAAACAGCCAAUCAGGAGUGGAGUUUAGCACCCCAGUAAAGUGUGUGUGUGUGUGCGCACGAGUGCGUGUGUGUGUGUUCUGAAGAAUCGAACGUCCUUCUAAUCCCAGUACAGUUUAUUUGUUGCAUUUGCACUGAAUGUAAUGUAGUUGGAAUAAAACCAGUUUCUGUAAAUACAAUAGUUACACUAACAGCGUCUGAACGGAACGAACGCAGAAAAAACGAGUGAAAAUGCAGCACUUCUGUCGAGCGUUUAAACAGAAAUAAAGAGAAAGACGUCUUA